CGCAAUUCACCUUGCCACCGCCCACUUAAAACUCACCUCGGCGAGUGCAUAGUUUCCUUACCAGUCUGUCCUCAGUUCAUUGUCAACCAACUGUCCACUGAUUCUCGAGUUUGCUUCAGAAUAAACAUGUUCAGAUCAUCAUCAUCAUCCUCAUCAUCGUGAAAGUGGUGUAUAAUGUGCGUGCAGUGAUUUCGUGUCGCGUUAUUAAAAGGACACUAUAGGACAAUAAAAGACGCGGCUAGCUCGCGUCAAUAAUAUUAACCACGGCGUCUCCAGUUGCAAUGACGCAACAUAGCGACGCUUCUAGCGACCGUUCUGAGGUGUCAGUUACACCACCACCUCCAGUUUCGAAAAUGUUGGAAUUCGCUAGUCACCAAAACCUGAGCCUUUUUAAUUUGGAGCAUCGGAAUAUGUUGGCGGCACCUUUAGCGGCGUUACAUUCAAUGGCCGAAAUGAAGCAACAUCAAAACCAUCUGAGUCCUCCUGAUCACCUUCAUGGCCACGACAAAAGUGAAACUGAUCUACUCUUGGAGAGAACUAGCCUGCAUAUGGAAAGAGCAGGUCUGACAUCGCGAAGUCCGCUUGGAGCGACAAGCAAUAGCAAUAGCUCACAAGGAGCCAAUCCCCAUGGCAUAGAUCACAUACUCUCAAGACCUUCACAAAUAACCACUGGGCCUUUACAUUUUCCGCAUAAUUUAGGAUUUACACAAAAUUCUUUGGGAAUGACUGCAAAUAGUGCUCAAAAUGCAGCGAAUCCUGGUUUGAGGGGUUUCAAUAUUGCCGCUGCUGCCUUUUUCCAUCAUCAUGCUGCAAACUCAGUUAAUAAACCUCCAGUUGAACUGGGGAGAACUGCCGGUGGACUUUAUUGGCCUGGAAUUCAAAGUCUCAAUCCUAUUGCCUGGAGAGACCGACUUGGUAGCAGUAAGUAUUAUGUUUUGUUUUAUAUUUUUUAA